AAAAUGACUUUCUAAUUUCAAAAGCACAAUUUCAAGUAAAAAUUAGCCUUCACUUAAACAGAAAAAUAGGGUGAAUUAAAUAAAAAAGAGCCAGACAAGAAUGGAAUCCCUUGAAGCAGCGGCGGCGGACCCUUCUGAGCCACAUCCGAACGACGGCGCAGUCUGCAACGAUGAUAUUCCGCAGCUGAGCUCUCACGCUCUCGAAGCUCUCAAGGAGUUCUUUGCCGAUCAGAACCGAGCGUUAGCAGAAGAACAGACGGAGGGGGUUGUAGAGUUGGUGGCGGAGGACUGGAGGCUCAGCCAGUUUUGGUACGACCGCGAUACCGCAGAGACAGUAACCAAAGAAGUCCUCACUCUUUGCGAGACACUGGAGACCCCAUCCGUUGCUUGCAUUUCUUGCCCAACUGUAUUCGCGUACCUCAAGAAAAGUGAUCCUAAUGUCCAAGCACAGCUCCUUGAGUACGACCAAAGGUUUAGUUCAUAUGGAACUGAAUUCACAUUCUAUGACUACAACAAACCAGAAGGCCUUCCGUCCUCAUUGAAACAUUCUUAUUCACUCGUUAUUGCCGAUCCUCCUUAUCUGAGUAGGGACUGCUUGGAGAAAAUUAGUGAAACUAUAUCUUUUCUUUUGAGACCAGGGCAAUCGUAUCUACUUCUACUCACUGGUGAAGUGCAAAAGGACAGGGCUGCACAGCUCUUGAGUUUGCGUCCGUGCAGGUUCAGGCCCCAGCACAGCAGCAAACUUGGAAACGACUUCAGGUUGUUCACGAACUACGACCCUGGGGUGAGACUUGGUGGUUGGGAGGAUGAAUAAAAGGCAUCAUUACCUUCCUUGGCCAUGGAUGGAGCUUUUUGAGAAGGCAUUGAUUCCAAAGCUUAGUUACAGGAGCAUCAUGUUCUAGCUCUAUGUAUUAUUUAUGCAGCUUACCGAAUCAACUCACACUUUGUGGCCACUCGGUGUUUGGAAAUCACUUCACAGUGUUCUCUAUACGUGUUUCACUAAGAAUGCCCAAGAUAGAUUACUUUUGUUCAAUGUUUAGUUGCCGGUCUUUGGCAAAUCAGAGUCACUGUCGCUACAUGUAUGGCUGAUCUAAUCCUAUG